UUAAAACCCUACCAGAGAAAGGCAAGAAGAAUUAACGUGUCCAUUCCUCAACGUUGACAGUCCUCGCUCUGGGAAAGUGACAUUCGCACUCCUCAAAUGGCCACAGAGGGAGAUGCCAAUGCGCCCAUUGGGAACCUCCCUACGUCAUCGCCAGGCAGAUCCAUCACCAACAGUGCAGGCUUUGUUCUUCCCAACGAAGCUGGUCUGUCGUCUAGUGUGGACAUCAGUGAAGCUCGAUUUCACGAGUGGCAGGAGUCGCCUAACGUCAAAAAGGAGGACGAUGAGAAGUUAUGUAUUAAAGAGGAAGAGGAGGAGAAAUUCAUCCCAGUUUGGCAUCCUCACAUUGAGAAGCAGUCACCCUCUCGCAUUAAAAGGGAGGAGGGAGAGUUGCCAUUAAUCAAUGAGGAGCAGGGGGACAUCACCAAGUUGACUGGUGUCCCUUUGAAGAGUGAAGAUGAAGGUCCAGGUGAGGAGAGCAGCGCGGCGGAGCCCAUGAGGAACAGCAGCCCAAAAGAUGGUGUUGGAGAUCACUGUGAAAGAUCAAACACAGAUGAACUCAUAGCACCACCCUCACACACUGACUAUGCAACGUCACACUCUUUCGUCUAUUAUGAUGACCAGUCUGAUGGUCAGGACAUAGGUCGCAAAGAUAAACAAUGGACAUGCACUCAUUGUGGAAAGACCUUUCGUUAUAGGUCUGUGUUGAAACAACACAUGAUAAGACACACUGGUGAAAAACCUUUCUCCUGCUCAGUGUGUGGUCAGAGAUUCUCUCAAAGAUCAACCUUAAAAAAUCACACACGAACCCACAGUGGUGAGAAACCUUGGUCUUGCUCAAUUUGUGGCCGGAGAUUCUCUCAAAGAUCAACCUUAAAAAAUCACACACUAACCCACAGUGGUGAGAAACCUUGGUCUUGCUCAAUUUGUGGCCGGAGAUUCUCUCAAAGGUCUACCUUAGAAAGUCACACACUGACGCACACUGGUGAGAAACUUUUGUCUUGCGCAAUUUGUAGCAAGAAAUUCUCUAAAAGUUCAGCCUUAAAACGUCACAUACUAACACACACUGGUGUGAAACCAUUCUCCUGUUCAAUUUGCGGCCAGAGAUUUUCUCAAAAGGCAAACUUCAAAAAUCACGCAGUAACGCACACUGGUGAGAAAUCUUUCUGCUGUUCAACUUGUGGUAAAACUUUCACCCGCAGGGCAGACUUAAAAAGUCACAUUAGAACACACACUGGUGAGAAACCGUUCUCCUGCUCAAUUUGUGGCCAGAGAUUCUCUCAAAGGUCUACCUUAGAAGGUCACACACUGACGCACACUGGUGAGAAACCGUGGUCUUGCUCAAUUUGUGGCCAGAGAUUUGCUCGAACAGCAACCUUACAUAAUCACGCAGUAACGCACACUGGUGAGAAACCUUUCGCCUGUUCAGCAUGUGGUAAAAGUUUCACCCGCAGGGGAACCUUAAAACAUCAUACACAAACACACACUGGUGAAAAACCGUUCUCCUGCGGAAUAUGCGACCAGAGAUUUUCUCGAAAGGUAAACUUAAAAAAUCACGCAGUAACUCACACUGGGGAGAAACCUUUCUCCUGUUCAGCUUGUGGUAAAACGUUCACCCGCAGGGCAGACUUAAAAAUUCACUUAAGAACACACACAGGUGAGAAACCGUUCUCCUGCUCAAUUUGUGGCCAGAGAUUUUCUCGAAAGGCAAACUUAAAAAAUCACGCAGUUAUGCACACUGGUGAGAAACCUUUUUCCUGUUCAGCGUGUGGAAAAAGUUUCAUCCACAGGGCAACCAUAAUAAGGCACGUAAGAACACACACUGGUGAGAAACCUUUCUUGUGCUCAGUGGUUAGGAAUUCGGACUGACUUCUGAGUGACAAAUUAGUUUUUUUAUUUUGUAAGAAAAAAAGCCUGCAUGUAAUUUUAGCCAAAUGCCAGCGUGUAAAACUAAAGUUUAAUGCAUGAUUUUAACAGAGAUAACAUUUAUAGAUUCUCUGCCGAGAUUAAAGUCCUUCUAUCACAUCAGGAGGUAGUUUACUGAAUUUGAUAGAUUGUACUUCACCGAGCCGCAACCUGUAGGGUUUUUGUCUGUAAAAUGAAUUUUAAAAAAGUACAAAACACAAUUUCAAUCCCCUUACGCUGCUGGACAGUAAGCCACCGUCAGUGACACAGAUGCAAUCAAAAGCUGGCUUUUAAUCGCCCUCAUCCAAUUAGUUUCAUUGCUGUGGCGGCAAAUGUUUUAGUUGUUUUUCCAAGAAAUUUAAUUGCUUUUAAUUGUAAAAAUGAUUAAUAUGUGUUGUGUACGGAACAAUGUACAAUACGUGUUGUGUAGGAAAUGGCUUGAAACACCAACACUACCGAUAAGUCUCAUUUUUUUCCGUCCGACCAAGUAGUGAGCUGAAUGAAUUGAGCACAUAUAGUGGGCCAGACGUUGUUAGCAAUGACAUUGGAACGAUACAACAAGGCUUUAAGGUGGUGUUGGACUUGGCGUCGCCAAAAGUGUAUCGUUAAAAAAAAAAAAAAAAAAAAAGACAAUAUUUUCAGAUGAUAAAUUAUUAGUUUUUCAAUUGCGAUUCAUGCUAUUCUGUAGAGUCGAGAGGGGUAAAUGUAAAAUAUUAUUUUCCAUUCAGGCACCCAAGAUCUGAUGAUAAUCGGAGUCCACUUCCUUCCGUGUUUAACGCUCUCUCUCCCUGCUGCGUGGUCGCCCUCUUACUCGUGCCAUUUUAUGGUCAAUGUCUGCCUCUGGUUUGAAUUUUUCUGAUUAAAUCUCAACAGAAUCUUGUUCUUCGGGAUUUACAGUGCCUAUUAAGGUAUUUGCACCAUUUGGAUGUUUUGCCCUUUUUUGUUUUCACAAACCAAUUGUGGUCCAAACAAUUUGGCAUUUUUAACACAGACAUUUUUUGAAAUGAAUUAAAUGAUCAAUUACCUCAUAGAAAAUAUAUAAUUGAAUAAAUGAUGAACAGAUGUGAAUAUCUUCCUAAAGUACGACUGUAAAGUUAUUGUUUCAUUGUAAACAACAAAGAUAUUCAAUAAAAACGCUGCAACGAUAUACAUUCCAUCACAAGUUGAAAUGAAACGAAACAACCGCAUAAUGGCAGCAUUCGGCUGGAAAUGAAUAAAUCACAAGACUAUGAACGACUCGAUAUGACCACAAGGUGAAGAUUAUUACAUCAAAGCCCCUUUUACAAACAUAUUCUGGUAAAUUCCCGUGUAAGGUGAUGCGGGAUUUACUCGUGUGUUUGCUUUCACAC